UAUUUUACAAUUAAAUAUAAUUGUCAUAUUAAUGUGGAAAUUUAUUCAUCAAUUACUGCUAUAAAAUAUCUUUUUAAAUAUGUAUACAAAGGUCAUGAUUGUGCUACUGUAGAAAUUGUAAAUGAUGAAAUAAAUUUAUAUCUUGAUGCUUGCUAUAUUUCAGCAUCAGAAGCUUCAUGGAGAAUAUUUCAUUAUCGUUUACAUAAUGAAAAACCUGAU